UCGGCUGAGUUUCCGCAGGUCGCCUGCACGCACCAGCUGAACCGACCGCGGCCUUCGAGUCAAACACUCGGCCCACAAGUCAGCAGGGACCCGAUGGUGCCGCGGACCGGACCUCUGACCGGACUCGAGUCGAGGCAGCGUCUGCUGCUCCGUUGCCACGGCGACGGCCUGAUCCAUAUGCAUGACCUGGAGGCGGGGCUUCACGGGAGCGCGCGCCGUUUCCUUUGAUCGGUCGUCAGCUCCUGGAAGAGCGCGUAUAAAGAGCGCCGCCCUCUGCGCGAGGAUGAAAGCGCCAUCACCGGAUUCAGGUUGGACCGCGCGCCACACACUACAGAGACGCCAAGAUGCCCAAGAAGAAGAAGGACAAGGGGAAGAAGCAGGACGAGGACGGACUCAGCAAGGAGGAGCGGAUGACCCUGCUGCUGAAGGACAAGCUGCAGACGGAGGAGAAACACUCCUUCCUCAACCGCAAGAGGCUGAACCUGACCUGGCAGGCGCUGGUCCGCAAAACCCGCUGCGAGGACCUGCUGGACGAGCUGAUCACACUCAAGCAGGAGUCGGACCGUCGACUGGACGACCUGGAGGCCAUCAUGCAGGGCCUGGAGCGGGAGCUGCGGGAGGCGGAGCGUCAGGUGGCCUGCGGGCGCCGCCUUCACCUGCAGAACCUGCAGCGUCUGCGGCGGCUGCAGGAGCAGUGCGCGGCCGCGGUGCAGCGGCGCUGGCAGAGCUGUCUGGAGAGCCUGCGCCGCAGGUUCCUCUCAGAGAGGAGUCACAUCGUGGCCCAGUGUCUGCUGAAGGAGGCCGACUGGGAGGACGUCCGCUUCGCUCUGGAGCAGAAGCACCGGGCCGAGAAGGAGGAGCUGCACCAGCUGUACGGGGAGAGCAUGGCCGUCCUGGAGGUGGCCCGGCAGGAGCAGGUAGAGGCGUGGCGCCUGGCUCUCCCUGCCGCUCCUCAGCCUGGACCUGUGUCUCUGCAGGCGGCGGUUCUGGCCCAGAGCAACUUUGAGAUGCUGAACGACAAGAUCCGUCAGAACCAGGAGGCCAAGCAGCAGCAGGACUCCGAGUCCAAGGGCCCGGAGCGCAAGGGCCAGCGCGUGGUCACCGUGAAGAACACCUGCAAGAAGAAGCUGAAGACGGCGGUCAGUGACCUGCAGCUGAAGCUGGAGAACAUCGAGCUGGACAACCUGGUCCUGGCUGAGCAGCUGACAGCCGUCGCCCACCACACGCCGCUGCUCCGCCGGCAGCUGGCUCAAGAUCGGAAGGUGGCGAAGAAGAAGCUGACGGAGCUCACCGUCAUCAGUGACGCCGUGGCCAAGCGCCUGAAGGCCGCCAUCGCCGCGGGGGAAAAGGUUCUGUCGGUGGUCCAGCUGUGUGAGAAACUGGAGCGAGAACAAGGAACCUUCUUCACCGCCUGCACGACCACCACCACCUGGCCCGCGCAUGCGCUGCCGCCGGAGCCCCGGGACGCCGAGGAGUUCCCGCAGCUGCGGAGCCUCCGGCGCCGACACGCCGUGGCCUCGCUGCAGCAGGACGCGCUGAGGCAGCGGCAAGGAGCUCUGGCGCAGGAGAACCGGCAGCUGAAGACGCUGCUGGGCCGCCGCCUGGACGCCAUGGUGCUGAGCGGCCGCAGCUGCUGAGCAGCACCCAGCUGGUCAUAAUGUUACCCCCGCUAGAGCACCACCUGCAGGUGAACGGGGGAUCAUUCCCUUUCAUAUUAGACAUUUUAUUUACAGUUCAACACUCUCUGUCUGUUGGCCACCAUACAACCGUUCAGAGCUCAGAUUUCCUCCUAAAGCCAGAACAGAAUUACAAAACUCGUCAAAACAACCUUUUUUUUUUCUCCAUUUUUCGGAAGACUAGAAAAAAUACUUUGAUUUUUCGGGUCAUGCAGUUACACAAACAGGUACACAGAAGCAGCUAAAAAUAAAAAAGAGUUGAAAUCCCGAGUUAGAAAAAUAAAAUCACCUUUGGAGGAAGAAUUAAAAACAAAGCGAAACCUGAAAACUGCAGGGCAGCCGAGGGCCGGCGGCCAAUCAGCCGGCAGCGUUGCUGGAGGAAGUCUCUGAUUGGACAGUUUCUCCUGAAGAAGAGGGGGGGGGACAACCUGCCUGGGUGUCACAUGACCCGCGGCCACCACGGUCAAUAAAUAAUGGACUCCUGUGGUGUCGAGAGCUUGUGAGCAACGAAACAUGGAUUUAUUUCCUCCAAGGUCCAGUGAUGUCACUUCCUGCCCUGGUUUGAGCUGCGACCUUGAACCGUGGUUUGGGCCAUUCUGGCUGCUCCGGACGACCCGCACUUCCUGUCUCCUCAGUCGCGUUCUGAAGUCCUGAAACCUUGGCGGCCGUGCCUUCAGCGCCG